AUGCUUGGCGAGUUGGGACCCAUCGGCCGCAUCAGCGACGAGACCAGCAGCUGGAUCGUCGGGCUAGCAUUGGCCGGUCUCGUCAGUGCGAAACCUGACUCGUCAGUUGGUCCGGCGGCAGGCCACAUUCGUCAAUGCAUCAUGCCCACCACCCAUUUUGCAGGUAUCGGCCCCUGGUUAGGACGGGCCAACGCCCUGGCCGUCGAUCGUUUGGCUGCGGCAGCAACCACACAGACUCUGUCGCUCCCUCUGGGCCUCGCUCACUUGCGGCCCUUGGAUGCCCCCGGGAUCCUGGGACGAUGA